GGAAAACUACAAGGUCUGGAGUUAUAUCGGUGAACUGCUCCGCUUGGAUAAAGACACAAGCGCGACUGUGCUCCCGACUUCACUUCUUCGAAGUUCAGGGGAAGGAGGACCUGAAACCAAGAAAAGUGGAGCGGGAAUAGAGGAGGAAGCUUCUUCACUGGGCUGAGCAUGGAGAGAGAAAGAGUCUGCACCAUGAAGGUCUUUCUCACUCUACUGAUGCCCUUUCUACUCCUCCUCAUCCUUCCUGAUGGCAUCUUGUCCAGCGACUGCCCAAAGGAUUGCGCCUGUUCCACACCAGAAUCCAUCUUUUGUUACCUGAGACACUCCUCUACCAUUCCCAAGGGAGUGCCCCCAUUCACAAAAAGUCUGUACCUCUUUGCAAAUGGCAUUGAGGGCCUGGCAGCUGAGGACUUUGAUGGUAUGGCGAAUUUGGAAAUGCUGGACCUCAGUCAAAACCAAUUGACUGAACUUCCUGAUAGGGUGUUUGAACCUUUGACCUCUUUGAGAAACCUGGAUCUGUCAUCCAAUCAGAUCACUCACAUUUCAGAGGAAUGCUUCCAUGGUAUGGCACUGCUUGAGCGCCUUUAUUUGUAUAGUAACCUUAUCAAAACCAUCCACCCUGCAGCCUUUAAUGGCUUGGAGCACCUGCUGGAACUCAAAAUGCAGGGUAACCAGUUAACUUCCCUGCCUGCUCUUUCAAUGCCCCGACUGCUGUUGCUGGACCUUCGCUUUAAUGUGUUACCUACCUUGGGUCCUUCAGACCUCCAGACCCCAAACCUGGAGUCACUCAAAUUGGGUGGUGUGGGGCUCACCAGCCUGAAUAAGGAGCUCAUAAGUAGUCUGAAGAACCUCCAUGAGCUGGACAUCUCAGAAAACCAACUUGAGUCCUUCCCCACGGUGCUAAAGGAGACCCAGGGGCUGAUUCACCUCAGCCUGGCUGGGAACCCGAUGGGGCCUCUAAAGGUUCAGGACCUGGAGAACCUUGGGGAGCUACAGGAGUUGGACAUUAGCAGCCUCAGUCUACAGGGCCUCCCUGAAGAGUUCUCCCAGCUCUUCCCCCACCUCAGAAAGCUCACAGUAGCAGAGAACCCCUUCAACUGCCUCUGCAGCUUAGCAUGGUUCCCAAGGUGGCUGAGAGCCCAGAGCAUCACCCUGGAGAGAACAGAGGAGACCCGGUGCCAUUUCCCACCUAUCAAUGCUGGAAAGGUAUUGGAAAGACUGGACCACAGGGAUUUUGGCUGUCCUACCACAACUACAGUCACCACUAGCACUGUCAAAACUACUACUACACUGCCGGUUCCUGUCACUACCUUGCCGAGUACUACUAGAGCUAUUCCAGUCCCAAGGGCCAGUGAUGACCCCACAGACAAAGAUGAUGACUCUUCCCUGCCACCUGUUCCUGCAUCCCCCAGUAGCAGCAGUAUGGACCUAGGAGAGGAUCAGCAUUUCUGUCCUUCUCACACCUGUCUGAAUGGGGGUACUUGUCGUUUGGACCAGUAUGGUCAGGUAGAGUGUACCUGUCCACAUGGCACUUCUGGUUUGUAUUGUCAAGUCCAAAACCAUCACCUGCCUUCACCACCUGAAGCAAUCCCCAGUGCAACUGUGACUGCAGAUGCACCAGACAUCAGUUCACAUGAAGUAACAGCAACCUCAAUCCUGGUGGACCUUCAUCGCUACAUUGAGAUGCGGCCUUACAUCCGUGGAAUUCGCCUAACCUACCGCAAUCUCUCUGGGCCGGACCGCAGGCCCAUUCAACUCAGCCUACCUGCAUCCUUCCCAGAGUAUAGGCUCAGAGGACUGAAGCCCAAUUCCACUUACACUGUGUGUGCCAGUCCACUAGGUGCCCCUAGUGGCACAGACAGUGUCUGCACUGAGGCCCAUACCGCCCCUGAAAGUGUCAGUGGCACUGAUGCACGGAUUACCGACCCAAGGCUGACCACUAUGCUGGUGCCUGCAGUUGCCAUCCUGCUACUGCUGGUACUGAUAGCAAUAGCAAUGGGAGUGGUGUGUUAUCUUCGAAAGAAGAGGGCCAAGGGCCACUUGGACCUAGACGGUGAGCCCUCCCAGCUAGAGUUGGAUGGAGUUAAGGCUGGCUUGGACAAUGGGGCACUGCCUCAAAAACAGCCCCAAAUAAUGAUCCCUGAACCUGCUGUUCAGAAUGGCAAUCUGGAAUAUGAGGUGUUGCUACUACAGGAUCACUGUACAUCAAAUAACAAUAUGUCUUCACACAAGCCCUCCUACUUUUGACACCUAGCUUUGACUACUCACACCUUAAGGAGGAUUUUCAUUCUUCAGCUCUGUUUUUCCCACUGGUUAAAUUAAGAGAGCAGAAACUGCUGUUGUUAAAGUGGAGGACACAGUAUCAGCAAGCCAACCAGCAAAGGAGAAACUGGACAUAUAUUAAACUCAAUGCCCUCUGGUUGUCUACGUAGACAUUAAACAAGUUCGAAAACAUUUAUUUGGACAUCAAAAAGUUUUGAAAAUGCCUCUACUCCCUUUACAUGCUGCAUUCUGCUUAAGUGAUAUUUCUUCACUCACACUGCUGGACUGGCAACCUCUCUGCUUCCGAGCUAUGAUACUGGGACUGAUGAUAUGUUGUCAUUGGCUGAAACCUUGGGUUAAGGUGACCCCAUGCCCUCCUUUAUUUGUUCAUAAAGGAGUGUGAACUGAAAUGGGUUUGUGCUGCCUUUCCCCCAGCACAACAGUCCAGCUAAACACUAUCAGCAAUUGUUUUUGCUGCAUGUUGUAACUCCUCAUUACUACCCCAAAGAGAUCAGUGCUUGCUGUGAAUUACCUUUAAGAAACCAAAUGAAGUUGUGCAGAGAAAAUAGCUAAUGCUUGUAUUGCUUUAUUUGGCUCUAAAACACUUGUGAUUUUUGUUUUGUUUUGUAUUUUUUUUAUACUUGUCUUUGUGAUAUUUUUAUUGUUCAACAUUGUGACUGUUAACAGCCCUAAAUACCGUCCACCCCCACCUCUUGUGACUAACAGACAAAACAGCAGAUUAAAAUCUUUGAAGAUUAAAAAUCUUUUGGUACCAGCAAAGUCAAUCAAAGGGCUUUGCCCCCAGAAUGUCAGACAGUCUAAGUAGAUGUGAGUCUGGACAGACUCAAAACUAAAUCCCCCUUCUCCAUUCUGAGGCCCUCAGCCUGCUUUAACAAAAGGAAAAGGUUAGCAGGAUUACAAUAGGUAGAGAGGGAAGCAGUUGUCUGAACCUCAUUUGUUUCAGUGCUGCACAGUUUCACCUGGUUUAGAGCUUGUCUCAAUUACAGUAUGUGAUGACACCACAGCAAAAAAGAACUUAAGAGACUUUAUUUAUUCUUUAUAUUCCCUGCAAGGGAAAAUCUUUUCCAUCACUCAACCACAGUUCAUGUACAACAUACUACUUGGCCUGGCCCGCAGCAAGCAAAGUAAAUAGUGGUUGUGUAUUGUGUUUCUCUUGAGUAAAAAUAGACUGCUUGGCGUAAUGAUGUGCACAAUUUUCUCCUCGGCAAGAAUGGUCCCAGUUUUGCUCACUUGUAUCUAACCGGACGAUGGAAACGCCAGCACAGCGAAGUGUUUAUAUUGUUGUGUAGAGGACAAUGAGACUUGCAAAGUGGAAGAUUCACUGGAAGGUUAUUAUGCAGGCAGAGUGUUGAGAUCCAAAUCUGUGAAUACUCAAAGUAACCUUUUGUGUGUAUGUGUGUGUGUGUGUGUGUGUGUGCGCGUGUGUCAAUACUCAAUCUGUGAAUAAUCAAAGUAACCUUUUGUGUGUAUGUGUGCGUGUGUGUAUGUGUGUGUGUGCGUGUGUGUAGAUCUGUAUACUUCUGUGAUAAUGCAAGUACAUGUUCUGGCUUGUGCAAAGACCUGCAGACAUCAAGUUACUAUCAGUCAUCCCUUUUAUGUGCCCCGCAUGGCUAGGAGUACAUUAAGCCCCAAACAACGCUACCUAUAGACAAACACAAAGACACAUCUGUGAAUGUCUGCAAAGUUAACUACAGUAUUUAAAUGAUCAACAGUUCCAUGCUAUCAAAAUGCCUUGAGAGCCCACACAAAAAACAAUCAAGUAUUGCAACUGGAAUAUUUGUCUGCAAAAUAGAAUACAUUGAAGAUUACCAAAAGUAUUUUCGAUGUGAUUGUUAAUUUUUCCCUGUUUAUUUUGGGAAGCUCCUUGUUGUCAUUCAUUGUUGUUGUUUUUUUUUUAAUUCUGUGAACUUAUUUGUAC